GUGAUGGCAACUAUAGGAGAAGUCGGAGCGCUUUUACAAAUAGAUGCUUUUGGUCAUGUCGGGUCACACUUUCACGUAACAUCUAUUGGAGACAGCAUUGGUCCUUUGAACGAUCACUCUAUGCCCGCGGAGAGACUCUCGCGCAGCACCUCGGCGGAUUUAAUCCAUUUAAAAGGAAUUCAUCGCAGGCGGCAGUUGUACUGCAGAACUGGAUUUAACCUUGAAAUUCUCCCAGAUGGCUCCGUGCAGGGUACAAGAAAAGAUCACAGUCGAUUUGGUAUUUUGGAAUUCAUCAGCCUUGCAGUUGGAUUAAUAAGCAUCAAAGGAGUUAACAGUGGACUCUAUCUCGGGAUGAAUAACAAAGGAGAACUUUAUGGCUCUGAGAAACUCACAAAAGAGUGUAUCUUCAAGGAAGCUUUUGAGGAGAACUGGUACAACACAUAUGCCUCCAAUGAAUACAGGCACAAUGGAGAGAAAGGGGCAGCCUACUUUGUGGCACUGAACAAGGAUGGGACACCACGAGAUGGGACAAAGUCUAGGCGGCACCAAAAGUUCACACACUUUCUGCCCAGGUCAGUGGACCCUAAGAAAGUGCCAGUACUUAACAGGGACCAUGUAGGACAAAGCUGAGUUCCACUGAAAGUGUAACUGAUGAGAUGCAGCAUCGGUCUUGGCCCCAUUUCAUCUUUGGAGACAAGGGCUUGAAGUGAAAGCCUCUGGCACAAAAGUGGCCAAGAUAGCUAACAUGAAAGAAAUAUGGCCGGAGGCCUCCCGCUGGAAUGCACUGGGCCACUCUCUGGGGUUACCUGUCUGAGGCUCUCAGCCUGCACGUUGGGGAGCCCACUCGGGCCUUUUUGUCUCGCUAGAUAAAACCCCCCCUCCACCUUACGCCCUCUUCGGAGAGCAGUGCCAGAGAACAGGCUGGAGGUGUGGGGAUUGGGAUUCCGACGCUGAUCUGCAGUGAAGGACUCUCCAGCAUCCGGCGUCCCAUUAGCAGAGCUUUCUGUAAGAGAGAAGCAAGCCCAGCAUGGGGACGGUGUCCAACAUAACGUAAAGAUAAUGUAAACGUAACGUAAAGAUUGAGUGCCACUAUGCAUGGCUAGAGAGACGUUGUGUAGAGGACUGUGAAGGUACCCUGCUUCUUGAAGACUUCUUAAUGUGAAGUAUCGAGGCUGGGUUG